AUGUACGACCGAAUGCCUCCACUCCACAAGAUGGACAACUAUGAAGGGUGCUUGGAAAAUAGCACAAACCGGUACUGCCUUGUUCACUUCACGCUGGUGUCAGAGGAACCAAAUGACCUUUUGUGUAUGAUCCAGGAAUACUCAAUGAAAGAAACUACACGUUUAAACUAUACCUAUCUGAGAUAUGGGCUGUGCCUCAAACAUAAGUGUGAUAAUUAUAAAGGGGAUAAAAGUAUCACUUCAAGAGAUCAUCUUGGGGCAUGUCUAAACGAUACGUUUUUGAAAAACUACGGAUUAAAAACAAUGAUCACAGACGUUACUUGCAAUGCAGUUCAACAUGAGAGGUUAAUGAACUUCGAUAUGGGAGAUGUCGGUGUUGCAUCGGCAUUAUUUUUAAUCGUAGCUUUAAAUAUUAUUGGAAGUAUAUAUGACGCUUGUACAAUAAAUGAAAAGCAUCAAGAUCAAAAGUUUCUUUUGUGUUUCUCAAUACGCCACAACUGGAAGAGGCUGUCUUCAUGUACAGACGCUGGCGAUGAAAUGAGCCGGUUUCAGAUUUUGUAUAGCAUAAGAUCAUUAAUUAUUAUAGGAGUGAUAUCGUCACAUGUUUUAUUACCCUUUCUUCUCAUAGGAAAGGAAACGAAAGGGAUGGAAGACGCCUACCUGAAUCCAAUUCAAGCGAUGUUUCUAAGUGGGCCAUUGCUGAUACAAACAUAUUUUGUGAUGUCAGGCUUUCUGUUAGCCUACAAAAUGCAAAUACAUUUCAAAAGGAACAAUGUGAACUUAUUCUUUUUACCACGCCUGAUAUUCUUCCGUUGGUUGAGAUUAACGCCUCCAUAUGCAGUGCUGCUAGCUUUUAUGGCCACUUGGUUGAGAUUUUUCAAAACGGGCCCAUUUUGGGAGAUCUCAGCUGGUGUGGAGGUAGCUGAUUGUCGGAAUCGAUGGUGGUUUAAUGUACUUUACAUUAACAACUAUAUAUAUCACUCACAGUGCAUGCCGCACAGCUGGUAUAUAGCAGCUGACAUGCAGUUGUACGUCCUAGGUGCAGUACUGUGUCUUAUACUUAGAUAUAUCAAGAGACCAACACGGAUUUUACUGCCGCUGUUUCUUGUCGGUCUUUUGGUGCCAGCAGUCCACACUUAUCUGCAGGAUUUAGACCCAAUGCUUCUAUUAAAACCGACAGGAUGCGGUACCUUCUUCGAUAGCGAUAAAACAUAUAACGAGGUGUACAAAAGAGGCCACACGAAUAUGGUCAGUUUUAUAAUCGGAUUAAGCACGGGAUACAUACUUAUGAAUAUUUGGAAGGCAAAAGUUGAAUCUAUCAAAAGAUAUAAGAAAUAUUUCUUCCUACUAUGGUUUAUCAUUCCCAUCGGAGCAGUCUUCAUGUAUAUUGGAGGUUCGGUGUUCUACAGGGACGCUCCCCGAGACUCGAUUUAUGUACGAACUAUGUUUGCAAUGAUUUCAAGACCUUUUAUGGGCUUUUUGGCUGGCUUCUUCAUGUUAGGAAUGAUUUUAAAAAUUGAAAGUCUGAAAAUAAAGGAGGAUAUAUUAAAGGAUCGCAGUAUCAUACGUACUUGGCGGCAUCGAGCGAAAGACUUUCUCCGCGUGAUAAUGAAUUGGGACGGCUGGAUGAUACCAGGGAAGUUGUCCUAUUGCGUAUACUUAAUACACUUCCCUAUCAUCAGGAUUACCACGUCGGUGAUCACUACACUAAUUCCUUCAUCGCCGCUUUAUAUUAUAGCAGCGUUGAUUGUUCUCACUGUAGUAUCCUUCAUAUUAGCAGUUCCUAUAUCCUUAAUGGUGGAGAUUCCCUUUAUACGUCUCAUCAAGGAAUUCUCUAAGAAAACGCCAAAGAGUGGAGACGGAAUAAACACACGACUUUGA